CAGCUGAAACAUCUGAAAACACGCCACCUGAGUGACGUCUGCAGACAAUGCAGCAGGUAAACAUCAUGCAAACACGUGUUCCUUAAGUUUCGCUUUUACAUCACAGGAUCACAGUCACACCCUGAUCCUUUUACUGUAAAGUGAAAGAUCAUGGCAGGGAGGAGCUUAGAAUCAAUAUACACUUGUGCUGUAUCUCCGUAUGGAUCAUAUUCUCUGGACCAGGAAGUGGGUAAGUCUGCGUUCAUGCAUACCAAAGAAUAGUAUAUGCUUGUGAAAAUUUAAAUAAUAAAUAGAUAAAAUGCAGUUUCACAAAGUUUACCGACUAGCUUUAAUGACUUGUUGAUGCUGCUGUGCAAUUCUUUUGUUCUUUGAUCAAAACUUCCCUGAUGUCUGUUCUGCACUUUCAGCAGUGUUCAUUGAUGUUCUCAGUCUUAAAAUUUAUGAAAGCCAUAAAACAGGGUGUAAAUGCGUCACACAACUGUCUGUAAAACAAUAAUGUCAGUACUUCUUCAGGCAUAUUUCAUUUGCACUGACACUGCAUUUCAGUUUUAGGCUGGAUUGGAUCAAGCACUGUAUCUGAGACCUUGGGAUAUUCAACGCUCCAAAAUGGAAAGUCAAAUGAGAUCAGUUUCUUCUGGAACUCCUGGAGAUGUUUCUUCGAUUUCACCCCAGCUGGACCGCUUGAUCAGGCAGAGAAGUCGAGAUCUACGGCUGCGUAAGGUUGACCAACAGAGCGCUGUGAAGAUAGUAAAUCACCUGAUUGAAAGCCUGCUGGAAUACCUGAAGAAUAAUGAGGAUCAUCCUUUCUUCAGAGACGUCUCGGUUCUCACUAGCGGCAGCUACUAUGAGAUGGUGAAGAUCAACAAACCCAACGAGUUUGACAUUAUGCUGAAACUGAAAGUCCCAAGGCUUGCAUUGUCAGAACUGGAAGAAUAUCAAGGACUGUUUUAUAAGGUGAAGCUUGUAAAAGCCACACGCAAAGAAAUCAAGCACUUUCUUCUGGAAGAUGAACGAACCAUCUCAGCCACCAAAAUCAAAGAGGAAAUGCACCGUUUGGUCCGGAAAUUCAUUAACAAUCAUUUUAAAGGUAAAGGUUGGGUGAUAAACAGAAAACUGGUAAAUUCACCGGCGGUGACUCUUGAAUAUAACAACAAAGAGAAAGAAGAUGAUGUGAUGUCUGUAGAUAUCGUACCUACUCUUGAGGUGCCACAAGGUUGGCCACAAGCGGCACGUGCCGGUCCCAAUAUAGACAACUGGCUUGGAAAGAAAUGUCGCCGUCAGUUCGUAAGUAAGGCAGUGUAUUUCGUCCCAAAGAGACCAAAAGGAAGAAACCUCAAAGAUGAUGCCAAAGAGAGCUGGCGGAUAUCCUUCUCUCACAUUGAAAAAGAGAUGAUGCAGUAUCAUGGCAAUAAGAAGACGUGUUGUGAGACUGCUUCCAACAAGUGUUGCCGGAAACGCUGUUUGCAGCUUCUCAAGUGUCUGAUUGAGGGACUGAAGCAGCGGUAUCCCAAAGAGCUUGAGCCUCUGUGUUCCUACCAUGGGAAAACAGCCUUCUUCCAUGUCCUCUCAGACCGAGUGCAGGAUUCCCUUUGGUCUUCAGGCCAGAUUUCCGUCUCCUUCAUGAAGCUGUUCGGAUACUUCGAGCGACGUGCACUAGAUGGUUCGUUACUCCACUUCUUCGUUCGCCAGCAUAAUCUGUUCUCUCCGCCUGCAUUUUCCAAAAGAGCUCUUGCAUUUCUGACCAAUGCUCUGAAGGAGCAAAGAGAAUUGGACUUCCCUGUUUUGAAGGUGCCGAUUCCUUCCCUGCUGCUCUUGUUUCCUGAAACUGAUGCUCUUAUUCACCCAAACCCAAUCAAUGGCACCGACAGUAUUGUUGCCUCUGAACGUUCUUUUAGGCAUGUCUAUGCAGUGUUAGUGGUUGUUAUUGUGUGUGUAGGAAUCGGAUGUGUAUUUGUAUAA